AUGAAAACUUCCAAGACGUCUAAAACUACAAAGGCAUCAAACAGCGAGCAGAAACAACGCAAGCGAAAAGCACCAUCCAAUGAUGAUGAUGAUGAUGAUGAUGAUUCAGCAUCGCCCGACAACAGUAAGCGGCCUAGUAGUAGUAGUAGUAGUACUGGAGGAAUAAUAAGGAGACCUGCCGAUGAUCAAGACAAUAAUGUCAGAGAUGAUGCAGACAAUAAUUCGAGCGAUUAUCCUGGAGACAGUAGCUGCAGCGAUUCGUCCGGAGAAGGACCUGAUUUUGGGCCAUGGUCAGAAGACGAAGAAGACAAUGAUGAUGACGAAGAAGAUGACGAAGAAGGUCGUGAGGAUCCAAGGACAGUCUCCCGCCAGAUUAUGGAACUUGGCAGGAAGGUGGCUCUUUACAAAACAUCCACCCGAAAUGAAAUGAUUUCUAGAUGUCUCCAAAUGAUGCAUUUAGGACAAGAUGUCUCGUCGAUGAUUGAUGAAAUAGAUGGAUGGGGAGAGAAACCAUCGAGCAAAAAUAAUGCGGUGGAAGAGUGGACAGUCGAGUUUAUGAUUCAGAAAUUGCAUUUCAAGAUGUGUCGCUAA